GCGGCCGACACCUGACGGCUGACGCGCUAACGCCUGGCUGGUGCUCCCGCCGCACGGUGGCGAGGCGACUUUCCGCCCCUCCGCCCGCCCGCCCGGUCUCGCACGCCCCGCGUACGCCGCGAACGCGAAGGACUCUUCCCCCUCCCCCGCUCCGCUUUAUCCCUCCUCCGCCUACCCCCACUAGGCCACCACCGCUCGGCUCUCUCAGCUGCCCCGCAUUUCCUCCGCGGCUGCUCCUCACGGGGGAUCCUUCCGAGAACGUGCGGUGCCUGGCGAGCGAUCUCGGCGUGUCGUGUCGCCCGUCCUCGCCGGCGCCGAGAAGCGGGAUCCUGACUCCCGAGGUGUUUCAGUUACAUAUCUGAUAGUCGUCCCCCUCUAGUUAGCAAAAUGUCGUUUCUAUGGAAGUCGAGCAAUGGUGGUACAACAGAGAAAACCUUGACUCUGGAAGAACAGCAAGAGAAAAUAAAUGAGGUACGAAAGCAACUUGAAGAACCCUCGUCGCUAGCAAUACAGGGUUUCCUUUCGGAUGCCUCGAUACUAAGAUUCCUUCGAGCUAGAAACUGGAAUGUGCAGAAAUCGAGUAAAAUGCUGAAAUCAGCUGUGAAGUGGCGGGCAGCAUACAAGCCAGAAAUGAUUUCCUGGGAAGAAAUUGCGCAUGAAGCAGAGACUGGAAAGAUAUAUAGGGCUGACUACAAGGACAAACUUGGAAGAACUGUUCUUGUUCUGAGGCCAGGCUUAGAGAACACUACCUCGGGGAAGGAACAGAUUAAGUAUCUUGUUUACUCUCUGGAGAAAGCGAUUAUGAAUCUGACGGAUGAUCAGGAGAAGAUGGUGUGGAUGAUAGACUUCCAGGGCUGGACCAUGGGAAGCACACCGCUGAAGGUGACCCGGGAGACCGUGAGUGUCUUGCAAGACUGUUAUCCCGAGAGAUUGGGACUUGCAAUCCUUUACAAUCCUCCUAGAUUAUUUGAGUCUUUCUAUAAGAUAGUGAAGCCAUUCUUGGACCAUGAGACUAGCAAGAAGGUGAAGUUUGUGUACUCCAACGAUAAGGAGAGCCAGAAGAUAAUGGCGGAUGUCUUCGACAUGGACAAGCUCGACUCGGCAUUCGGAGGAAGGAAUCUAGCCACCUUUGAAUACAGCAGCUACGCGGAACAAAUGAAAGAGGAUGACAAGAAGAUGCAAUCUAAUGAUGCGGCCUCUGACGCCUCAAGCGAGGCUUCCUUCUACAGCGGAACAGAUUCCCCGAAGCACGGAGAUGGAGAGCACGGAGCGAAGAAGGCCUGAUCCACUUAGCUGCUAAUAGUUGCUCCAUUUGGAAGAUGGGUAGUAAGAAUAUACACAAUCAUCUAACUAGACAGUUUCCGCCAGUGUUUAUUAGCUGGUUAGAAUCCUUUUGUUGGUCACAUUUUCGGGUCCAAGGCUUCGAAUGUUCUCUGACCGUGGUAUCAUAGAAGAUGAGGAAUAGAAGUUUGGGCCAGAACGUGUGAUGCAUUGACCUUCUAUAAUAAAUGAGAAAUCUUAAAUGGCUGUCCUGAUGCAGGCGUUUCUAUAUGAAA